GCUAAUAUGAAGGUGAUGGUGGUCAUAGAUGAAAGUGAGUGCAGUUAUCGUGCUCUCAUGUGGGUGCUCGACAAUCUCAAAGAAUCGAUCAAGAACUUACCGCUUGUCAUAUUCGCAGCGCAGCCACCUCCAAAAUGUAAUUAUGUAGUCUCUUCAGCAUUUGGUCUCGCUUGCAUAUGUCCACUCUCAGCCACCAUGGAUCUAUUUAACUCUGUUCACCAACAAAAUAAGAAGGUGGCAUUGGGUAUUCUGGAGAAGGCUAAGAGAAUAUGUGCAAGUAAAGGGGUAACUGUGGAGGCAAUUACUGAGGCGGGUUGUCCUAAAGAGGUCAUAUGCGAUGCAGUUCAGAAGUGUGGUGUCAAUUUACUUGUCAUUGGCGACGAGGCAAAUGGAAAUAUCAAGAGGGCUUUGCUGGGAAGUGUCAGCAGUUACUGCGUUCAGAAUGCCAAGUGCCAGGUUCUUCUCGUGAGAAACAAGGCCUGAGGGGAUUUAACUGUUUAAUAGAUGUAUACGGCUGAUUUAGCUUCUGUUCUAUGAUUUGUAUUCUACUAGCCACGAAGUUGUAUACAUCACGCCUUAUCCCUGCUGUGGAACUGUUGCCCAAAAAUAAGGUUGAUAUUAUUAGUCGAUCGACUGCUGUAGCAUUAUUCAUCGUGUUUAUGCAGGCAGGUGCGUGCUUGGAAAGGCAAGGAGCCCAAAAUGGACAUCGUUAUUGUUGAAUUACGAAAUCUAUUAAAUUAAGCUAUUGGAAACAGCGUAAUCUAAGAUGUUCCCAACAUCGUAA